AUAAGCGAUACUCUCUCUUCGACUCAGCCGUCCCUUUUGCAGAAGAAACCAUUUGGAGGAACAACACACAAUGGCCCCCAAGAGAGGAGUUAAGGUAGCUGCCAAGAAGAAGACGGAGAAAGUUACUAAUCCUCUAUUUGAGAGGAGGCCGAAGCAAUUCGGUAUUGGUGGAGCUUUGCCUCCUAAGAAGGAUCUCUCUCGGUACAUCAAAUGGCCUAAAUCAAUCCGUCUUCAAAGGCAGAAGAGGAUCCUUAAGCAGAGGUUGAAGGUCCCCCCAGCUCUUAACCAAUUCACCAAGACUCUUGACAAGAAUCUUGCCACCAACCUCUUCAAGGUCCUUCUGAAGUACAGGCCAGAAGACAAAGCUGCCAAGAAAGAUCGUCUUCUCAAGAAAGCUCAAGCUGAAGCUGAGGGAAAGACUUCCGAGUCUAAGAAGCCCAUUGUUGUGAAAUAUGGCCUCAACCAUGUGACCUACCUCAUUGAGCAGAACAAGGCGCAACUUGUUGUCAUCGCUCAUGAUGUCGACCCCAUUGAGUUGGUUGUCUGGUUGCCUGCUCUUUGCAGGAAGAUGGAAGUCCCGUACUGCAUUGUCAAGGGGAAAUCUCGUCUUGGAGCGGUUGUUCACCAAAAGACUGCUGCUUGCCUGUGUCUGACCACUGUCAAGAACGAGGACAAGCUAGAGUUCAGCAAAAUCCUUGAGGCUAUCAAGGCUAACUUCAACGACAAGUACGAGGAGUACAGGAAGAAAUGGGGAGGAGGCAUAAUGGGAUCCAAGUCCCAGGCUAAGACCAAGGCCAAGGAAAGGGUGCUUGCAAAGGAGGCAGCACAAAGGAUGACUUAAGAGGAUUGAUUCAUGUGUGUCGUUUUGCUGGGAUUCGUGAAACAACUUAAUAGAGCUUUUUGUUUAGCAGUUUCUUUGAAGUACUCUUUUGUAGCUCAACUCUUGUUUUAUCAAUGUUUGCACUCUCUUCGGACAGUUUCAAAGUUUUCCAAGAUGCUUUUUUUGGCCUCUCAA